AUGUACCUCAAGCUGUCACCUCGACCCUCCGAGGAGAAGGGCCUCGCCCCGGAACAGCUGGAGCUCAUCCUCACCAACAUCGAGAAGAAGAAGCAGAAGCUUGAGGACGACAUUGCCCAGUACAUCCAGGCGAGGCAACAUGAUCUUCAUGAAUACGAGCAAACGCUCCUAGGCAGCACGCCCACGCCCUCCGCCGCCUCUAUCAGCCAAAUACAGCCGCUCAGCAAUAUACAGCCGCCCCCCCGAGCCCGUGAUGCUACACCUCCCAGCGACGAGUCACCCAAGCCCACCUCCGCGACCACCGAGACCGCGAAGCCGCAGAAGCCAAAUCGCGUACACAAACGGGAAAUGGAGCUCCGUGGACUGAUGGCAUUCAUACCUCUACUAGAUGCAAAUGAUGCCGCGACGACAAAGCAGAAAAAGGCACGAUCGAAGAGCAAGGAGACGCGUUCUGAAGCUGAAGGCUCGCUGGCCAGUCUAGGAGAAAGUUCUAAGUCCGCUUCUUCAGAAGUCAUACCAGGCCCAGGAGACUGUUCAAAAAUGCAAGAACCGCCCAUCGACGUAGAGCCGCCAACUACAGCAGAAGUGGGGACCACUGGAGCAUCUGUGUCAAAGAAGAAGAAACCGACAGCCGAGUUGAAGGGCAAGCGAGUGGGAACGCGAAAGUCGUCACUACGCCGCGUUCCGAGCACCAAAGCUGUACACCGGAAACGCGUCUCUCUAGCAGUCGAUGACCAGAUUGUACAUCCCUCCGAUAGCCUCAUAGUUACCAGCCCUCUGUCGGACUCCACUACGAAUGCGUCAUCCAACGCGUCAUCAUCAAUAGAAAACCUUGAGGACACAGCGCACGCAUCCGAUCCAGGACCAGUCCAUCACAGCCUAACGAUGAGCCCUGAGACACAUGCCACCACCGCUCUUUUCGCCUCGCCGCCAUCGCUCCAGCACGGACCGCCACAUGCUGUGACAGAGACAUUCGUAGAGCACGAUGAACGAUUAUCGCGAAGUCCCGACGAGGAGGCGUUGGCUAUAUAUGCCGAUGAACCUCCUGCGCCCAUAUCGACCUAUGUCGGCGGCUUGAGCGGUUCUGGUGUUGACGACGUGGAUCAGGCGGGAAGCUACGGCUACCCCUCCAGCUUGGGUGCCUCCUAUAUGGAAUCGUACAUGGCUUCGCGCCCACUCAGUGUUAGAAUCGCAGCAGCAGAGAAGGCAGAGCUUGAAGAGGAGGAGGCGAAGAAGCUUAUCCGUUCAGAGGAAAGAGCGGAUGUAGCAGUUGGUAGAGUUGAGGAGACGGAUCCCGACGAUGGAUUUCUGGGAGAGAUGGAUAACAUCUGA